AUGUGGUUGCCAGACCCUGUGCUUGACCAGUCAGGUGAACACUACAAGCCUUUUGAAACUGUCAAUGGAACAGAAACAUCUGAAGAUGACUGUCCUAGCCUCCUGGAGGAAGCUGCAAAAGCUCAGCAGAAAAAACAUGUGUUAACAGCCCAAAAUGCACAAGCAGUGUUUGAAUGUGUGGAGUGCAAGAAACCAAAAGUGGUGUAUUCCAAAAGUAAACUUACUGAGCGCCAGCAGGCUCAACCCAUAACUACCAUGACAGAGUAUGAGUAUUCAUGUGGAGCUCCUGUCAUCCCACCAAAUAAUCCGCUGUACAGUAAAGUGUUCAUGAGGCUGGGUAUCACCUGUGAGUCCCUUGUGGAAACUCCAUACUACAGUUCUGACAUUGGCCAGAAGGAUUUGUGUUGUUUCUGUGGGACAGAUAAAGGAACAGUAAACACUGAACUUAAGAAACAGUAA